UGCACCCGGAAGUGAAGUGAACUUUAUUUCCUAUUGUUGAUACAGUCUGGCGCAACUCCGCGUAUACAACUCGGUCUUUUCACGAUUUGGGGGUUUAGGAUGAGUGUGAGGCACGCGUGAGGCUCGGAUUUGCGCAUCGUUUAUUUACUUCAUUUUUGGUCGUUUCUUUUUUCUUUUCGGCUAAAAGCGAGGAGUGAUUGUUAAGAAACCGAAGGCGCUGGUCUUUUCUCUCGCCAUGGCCGAGCCGCGUUGUUUCCAAACCCAGUUGAACUCCAUCAUGGAGAUCAUGAGCAGGGCGGUCGUGAGACAGAUCUGUAAGAUCGUAGACAGCGACUUGGCGUCUUUGCGUCUGGAGCUGGAGCGCGCGCUGCACGACAAAGCAACUCUCGGGGACAAAAUGCGCGUGCUCGAAAGCGAAGUGGAAACUCUGCGGAGAACGAGAGCGCGCGCUCCGCGCAAGAGCUGCCGGUCCGUGUGCAUCCAGACCUCAGAGGAUGUUCCACCAUCCAUUAACGGUAUCUUCGGGAAGGAGUGGUGCUUCAGUCUGUGGGACGGGAGGCCCAGGACUGAAGACGAGGCGAUCGAGGUGGAACCGGACGUGUCUGAUGAGCCUGAAAAUGAAUGCAAUGGAGACAGCAUGCGUGGGAUUAAGGAGGAGGUUUCUGAACAGGAAAUCUGCAUCAUCAGUCCAAGAUCUGAAAAUCGAAGAAGGACAUCCUGCGCGUUGUCGGAUCCUCAUGACUUUUCAGAAGACGUGGCUACUGACGACGACAUACAUUUCGUAUCCGCAGGAUUUCCGGACACAUCCGACGUCGAAACCAUGGCACCAGAUUCACCGAGUACCGCUGCUACAAAGCUCAUAUCUAUGGAUGGCACUGUUCAGCAUGUCAUAGUGUCCGGUGAUGAUGAUGAUGACGAUGAUGAAGGUGAUGAAGGCAAUAACGCAGAUGAUGAGCAACAAGCCCGGCUGGAGUUUGAGCAGCACUGCAUGCCUAUUGAGUACAUGGACGGUGAACGUGGAAAAGCCGCAAGCUUUAAGAGAAAGGACGAGGUGGAGCAGGAAGUUGAGCAGGACAUUUUAACUGAUCCGGAAUAUAUGCCCAGCUCAGGUCGAGGUGGCAGGCACGGAUUUAAUUACUUCGACAGGUUUAACAUACAUCACCAAACGGGUCCGGGCGACGGCUCACCCGUCAAGACGGACUUCACCUGUGCCGUAUGUGGGAAGACGUUUCUGCGACGGAACGGUCUGACGUUACACAUGAAAACGCACCAGAAGCAGAACAUACACAUGUGCCGCACCUGCAAGGUCGCCUUCCCGCAAAAGAACCUCCUCCGAACGCACAAGUGUCUCCCUCCAGAAAAAACUCUAGCCAGGACGCAGACGGACAUGAAGUUCCGCUGCGAGAUGUGCGGCAAAUACUUUCACUCCAAAGCCAACCUGAAGGUCCACUACGCCGUGCACACGGGAGAGCGUCCUCACAGGUGCAGCUUCUGCGGAAGAGGGUUCUCGCAGAAAGGCAACCUGACCACUCACGAGCGCAUCCACAAGGGAGAGCGGCCGUACGUCUGCACCGUCUGCGGGAAAAGCUUCACCCAGAAAGGCAACCUGACUCACCACCUGGCUAUUCAUAGCAAGCUCAAUGGCAGAAUGAGGAACUCUGCGGAAAAAUGGCAGUGACUGUAUUUUUAAUAUUUCUAUCAUUAUUAAUAUUACUAUUAUUGUUCACAUGCAGUAUAGCAAACAACGUUGUGCUGAUUUGAUCUCUGGAGAUUUUUUUUUUCCUUAAUUUUUUUCUGUUUCUCCAAGUCUUGUGAUUUUUUAAAUUCUUUUGUUUUGUUUUUAUGAGGUUCUUAACACCAAAAAUUAUACAAAAAAACAAAGCAGCUAACGUGAAAAAGAUUGUUUGUUUUUUUUCUGGUUAAUGCCUGAGCCACACUAACACAGAAUCAGGCCGUUUUUUUUUGUUUUUUUUUUGUCUUGUCCUGAUUUUCGGCUGGUCUCAAACAAUUGUAGGUGUGUACUGUGUGUAUGUGUGUGUGUGUGUGGGUGGAUGUGUAUUUAUAGAGCGUACCAUAGAGACAGCCUAAAAUAUGAAUCGAAAGAAAAAAAUAGACUUCCUGCAGAGACAACAGUAUGAGCUAAUGUCAGAACAUUGUGUGGAAGCUUCGGACGUCGUGUCGUGUCACGAACAAGCCUGCGAUUAGUGUGCUUCUGUACAAUAGGCAACACAGAACCGCACGACCUCACAGCUGUCGUCUGCACAUUAAAAAAAGUCAGUAAAAAAAGUGAUGCUGGUUUUUGCACAAUCCUUUUUGGUGCGGCUCCAUUCCUCGUAAUGAGCCAAUCACUUUGGUGUCUGUUGCCAAUCACAGUUUUUGUUACCAAAGCCGCAUUAUUUUUUUAACCCAUGGUGCUUUGUGUCAUUUCUGUUAAAUAGAUCACAUGUUACAGAUUUUAACACCGACUUCAAAUCGGUGCUCGGAAACAUCAUCUUGGUACUUCACUUCCUGCUUGAUGAGUUUCUCCCUGGUUAAGUAUUGUAUAGCUGAUGCGGACUGUUCGAGAUGUCCAGUUCCCCUGAUUUCCACGGUCCUGUCUUUGUCCUUGGUUUAAAAUGAUAAAUAUUCAAUAUAUUUUAUGUCCAUCACUCAGCAGUGAAGAGGUUCCAUGCCCUCCACUGACACUCAAAUUAUCUGAUAUCUUAAGCUUCAGUGUUCUGAAGCAUUAUUAAUUCAUCAGUGUAAUUUUAAAGCAUGUUGUGUUUUAUAUAUAUAUAGUAUAUAUCUAUCUGUCUGGCAUCUCUCACACUUUUUAACAACAGUUAGGAUCCACAUGUCAUAGUGUGGCCCAGGCAUGAAGCUUUAAUCUCAGCAUCUCGUUUCUAGUUCAUGUGUCAUUAGGUAAUCUCAAACUACAUUUGUGUUAAAACAAAAAAGGAAAAAAAAAACACUGAAUUUGCAUCAGUAGUAUGGAUUUUAUGUACCGACUUCAAAUAUAUGAUGUAUUUUAGACAAAA